UUGACUACAUUAAAAUGGUGGAAGUCCUCAAUGGCUCUGCCCAUGCUAAUACCGCCUUUUGGCCACUAGAGGCCUAUAUCAUUCUCUAUGAGUUCAACUCAAGGCGGCCAGCUAAAGCAAAACAAGAAGCAGGGAAAUCCAGAUGAACGGUGAACAGACAAGGUUCAAGACACGACACACACAGAGGUUUAGUUUCAUGUGGAUCCAGGAGCAGACGGAAGCUUGAGUUUACAUCUGUGGUACCGAACCCCCCCAUCCCAGCUGACUGACACAGUGCCAAGCCUUGGUUGUAAAUUAGUUUAGGAGGUGUGUGUGUGUGUGUGUGUGUGUGUGUGUGUGUGUGUGUGUGUGUGUGUGGGUGUGUGUGUCUGUGUUUUCUGACUGGUGUGUCACUGCUUUGGAAGCUUCAGGAUGUGAUUCAUCUCUAAUCAGAACCUCUGGGAGAAGCAUAGCUGAUGGCUGGGACAGAACCUCACACGGCACCGCCUUGUCCUCUGGAAACACACAGUUCACCACACAGCCAACCCCAAUGAAACCUAUAGCAAGACCCUAACUCCAUCUCUAGCUUAUUCUCAACAUGAUUUCAGCACUUUUAUUUCCAUGGCUGAUUGAUCAUGGCUCAUUCUUGUGUCCCCUUUGCAGCAGACAUGGUGGUCAAUAUGUUUGGUACAUCGAAUCGCAUUAUCGAAUCGCUAUACAUGCAGAAUCGUGACAAUCGCAAUACAUAUCGUAUCGGCGCCUAAGUAUCGUGAUAAUAUUGUAUUGUGAGGUCCCUGGCAAUUCCCAGCCCUGCCUGCUAAAGACUGCACUCUGGCACAAUAUAUUGUGUUUGUUUCUUUGGCUGGUCACAAGGAAAUUUGAAAAGCUUCAGGUUGACAUUUUGAACAAAACGGCUGUGCUGAGACCAUGGGCUGCAGAGGGGUGGUUGCCUUACGGGACAUUGCUUAAUAAAGUGAAAGAGAUCUGAGAAGAAAAAGGUAUCUUCUAGUCCAGUGCUGUAGCGACUCCGACGAACCAUGUGAUCGUUAGAGCAUCCGAUGUAGCUGUCAUGAGGUACGUCCACAACCGAACCCGGCGGAAAGCUCAGCUCAGCAAGGACCCGUUGACAACCGCUGGCCUUUGACACAGGAUCCUCUCUGUGACUCUCGUAACAACCCCUCUCCCCUAGUGGGCACACAGACCUCUGCCAUCACCACAGUAUCUCCUCACAGACUGGACCUUCAUCCUACACCACACUCCUCAUCCUCCCACAGAGUCGGCUAGACAGGAGGUUAAUUCACAAAUGUCUACCUCACGAUUAAAAGGCCCCUCUCCACCACUGCGACCCUGAACAGGCUACAAGAUGACUUCCAGCAUAGGCGGGGAUGACACAAGCAGUAUCUUUGAUGGGUUAAUGGAAGAAGAUGAAAAGGACAAAGCAAAACGAGUAUCCCGUAACAAGUCUGAGAAGAAGCGCAGAGACCAGUUCAAUGUCCUCAUCAAGGAGCUGGCUACCAUGUUGCCAGGCAACACUCGGAAGAUGGACAAGUCUACCAUCUUACAGAAGAGCAUCGAUUUCCUGCGCAAGCAUAAAGAAAUCGCUGCACAGUCGGAGUCGAGCGAGAUCCGACAGGACUGGAAACCUCCUUUUCUUAGUAAUGAAGAGUUCACACAGCUGAUGCUGGAGGCGUUAGACGGCUUCUUCCUAGCAAUUAUGACUGAUGGGAACAUAAUCUAUGUCUCAGAGAGUGUUACAUCUCUACUGGAACAUCUUCCUUCUGACCUGGUGGAUCAGAACCUAUUGAACUUCCUGCCCCUGGGGGAACAUUCAGACGUGUAUAAAGCCUUGUCGUCUCACAUACUGGAGGGCGAGACGCUAACGCCUGAGUAUCUCAAGACUAAAAACCAGUUAGAAUUCUGUUGCCACAUGCUCAGAGGGACGAUUGACCCUAAAGCGCCCCCUGUGUACGAGUACGUCAAGUUCAUCGGAAACUUCAAGGCCCUGAAUAAUGUGCCUAACUCAACUCGAAACGGCUUGGAAGGGGUGAUCCAGCGUUCACUCCGGCCCGCUUUUGAGGACCGAGUCUGUUUCAUAGCAACUGUGAGAUUAGCUAAACCACAGUUUAUUAAGGAGAUGUGCACUGUGGAAGAACCCAAUGAAGAAUUCACCUCCAGACACAGCUUAGAAUGGAAGUUCCUCUUCUUGGACCACAGGGCUCCGCCCAUAAUAGGUUACCUGCCGUUUGAGGUUCUGGGUACAUCUGGAUAUGACUACUACCACGUGGAUGACCUGGAGUCACUGGCCAAAUGCCACGAACAUUUAAUGCAGUAUGGGAAGGGGAAGUCGUGCUACUACAGGUUUCUCACCAAAGGGCAGCAGUGGAUCUGGCUCCAGACUCAUUACUACAUCACCUACCACCAGUGGAACUCAAGGCCCGAGUUCAUUGUCUGCACGCACACUGUCGUCAGCUAUGCUGAGGUGAGGGCUGAACAGCGCAGGGAGUUGGGGAUUGUUGAGUCGCCGCCGCCAGAAAUCUUUGCGGUAGAUAAGGACUCUGGUUCUGAGUCUCAACACCAGCUCAACACCUCCAGCCUGAAGGAGGCCCUGGAGCGAUUUGACCGCAGCCGCACGCCCUCCACCUCCUCACGCAGCUCCCGCAAGUCCUCGUCCCACACCGCCGUCUCCAAUCCAGCAUCACCUAAGCUAAAGACAGACAGGGGUACACCAGGAUGCCAGUCCAUCUCUGCUAUUGAGAUGACAUCACAGCGAAGGUCGUCUGUCAGCAGUCAGCAAUCAAUGAGCUCCCAACACACCCAGAAUACAGGGCAGAACAUGGCCCCGUCCAUUGUUUCACAACAACAACAACACCAUCAUCAACAGCAACAGCAGAGGCAGCAGCAACCACCACCGCAACAGCAGCAACCACCACCGCAACAGCAGCAACCACCACCGCAACAGCAGCAACCACCACCGCAACAGCAGCAACCACCACCGCAACAACAGCAGCAGCAACCACCACAACAGCAGCAGCAACCACCACAACAACAGCAGCAACCACCACAACAACAGCAGCAACCACCACAACAGCAGCAACCACCACAAGUGCAGCAACCACCACAACAGCUGCAGCUGCAGAUCCAGCCCAGUGUCCAGCCCAUGGUACAGUUCUCCACCCAGCUGGAUGCCAUGCAGCACCUGAAGGAUCAGCUGGAGCAGAGGACCAGGAGGAUUGAGGCCAACAUCCAGAGGCAGCAGCAAGAGCUCAGGCAGAUCCAGGAGGAGCUCCAGAAGGUGCAGGGCCAGGGCCUACAGAUGUUCCUCCAACAGGGUGCAGGUGGGCUGAGCCUGAGCUCUGUGCAGCUGGCCCAGGGGACCACCAUGCAGCCAGGCGGCGCUCUCAACAUGCAGGGCCAGGUGGUGUCUGCAGGCAACCUGCAGGGCAGUACUCAGCAGCAGCACACGGUUCAACGGCAACCUCAGCUGCAGGCCCAGCCUCAACAACAGAACCUGCUACAAGACACCAGCUCUGUCCUCUCACAGUCUUCUGUGAGGUCGACUCACUCUCUGCCGCCCCAGCAGAGUGCCCUGCCGGCCUCCCUCUACAACACCAUGAUGAUCUCUCAGCCCAACCAGGCCAAUGUGGUCCAGAUAGCCAACAGCCUGGCCCAGAACAGCAGCAACAACGCUGCUACUGUGGCAACCUUUGCCCAGGACCGCUCGGGACAGAUCAGGUUCCCAGCUGGCUCUCAGUUGCUGACUAAGCUGGUGACUGGUCCGAUGGCAUGUGGAGCGGUCAUGGUCCCUACGACCAUGUUCAUGGGCCAGGUGGUGACAGCGUUCGCUCCUCAGCAGGGCCAGACUCAGACAAUCAGCAUCGCCCAGCAGCAGCCUCAGCAGCAGGAGCAGCAGACGCAGGCGCAGUCUCAGGCCUUAGCCACACAGCACGGACAGGCCCAGCAACAAACCCAGUUCCUCCAGGGCCCUCGGCUGCUCCAUGGAAACCAGUCCACUCAGUUGAUCCUGCAGGCGGCGUUCCCACUGCAGCAGCAAGGCACUUUCGCCACCACGCAACUGCAGCAGCAGCAGCAACAACAACAACAGCUACAACAGCAACAUCAGCAGCAGCAGCAACAGCUCCAGCAGCAGCAACAACAACAGCAACAGCAACUCCAACAACAGCAGCAGCAGCAACAGGAGCAGCAGCUGGCCUCUCACAGGGCAGGUAGCAUGUCAGGCCGCUCCAGCACACAGCCCCAGUAACCUGGCAACAGCCAAUUAGACAUGUGGACUGAACCAAGACAAGGUCUGUGUGUUUGUGUGAGGGGGUGAAGAGGUAUAGUGGGAUGGAUGGAUCAAUAGAACUUGGGAACGAUUUGGCGCUUCAGAGAGAAAACAAUGCUGUGCUGACAGUGAGCACAGGGUCGCUCUGCCUCACGGCCAUGCUCAGAACUCUUACGUCACAGAGACCUCCACUCUGUCCAGGUCCCCUCACCACGGUGAAAGGAGGAGGAAACCCUGGUCCCGCCAGUGUUUGUCCCCUCCCCUGUCCUCGUGUUGUGUGUUCAGUGUGUGCUCCGGUCACCCUCACAGGAUUCAUUUAUGCAGGAUGAUCCAGUCGACACAUUGGAGCUUCAAUCCAGGCUUCAAAGAAGUCCUACGGAACAGACAGCAGACAGAUUCCUCGUGUGUAUCGUUUUUCCUCCUAUUUUUGUUUUUCAUGUGAAAGUAAUUAUCGGUCAGAAAAUAUUUUUAAGAAUGUCAUGUGGACUGUACUUUUAUUGUACAGAACACAUGUAAAAUAAUAUGUAAAUAUAUGGACAAAAAGAUAACUAAUAUUUUAUAUGAUGCAUGAAAUGAAAAGCGUAGUCUGUUAUUUGUAGCUUUGAAUAUAUAUAUUUUUAUCUAGUACUCUAUGAAAGAAAGCAAACCUAACACGCUUAAUGGCAGAUCUUUUCACAGACUUCCUUCUUCUCAGG